AUGGCGAAGGGAACACGGACCCCCACAAUCUCACCCUGCCAAAAAGAGAGGCUAACCAUAGACAACCCUUUCUCGAAGAAGAUUACCAAAUUUCAAAUGCCAAAAAAAUUCGUGCUGCCAACCGCCCUUGAACCCAAAUCAUACAAAGGAUUCGGUGAUCUCCGUAUCCACGUUAAGAAAUUUCAAUCCAUGAUAUUUUUUAAUAGUGCCUCUGAACCUAUACUUUGCCGAGCAUUUCCUACUUUCUUAGACGGUGCUGCAUUACAUUGGUUUUCUAAGUUGUCUGCAGGUUCAAUCUCCUCUUUCGAAGAACUAGCGAGAUCCUUCAUCGAUUACUUUGCUGCAUCGAGAAUAUAUGUGCAUGGGUCAGACUACUUGAGCACCAUCAGACAAGGGCAACAGGAGAGCUUAAAGAACUACAUGACAUGGUUUGCCGACUUAACCAUGGAAAUUCCAUAUCUGAACCCGGAGGUCCAUUUACAUGCCCUCAAAAGCGGCCUCUGUCCUAGCAAGUUUCAAGAAAUGAUCACAGUGACAAAACCAAAAACUUUGGACGAAUUCCGAGAAAAGGCCGUCGGGCAGAUAGAGGUCAAAGAGCUUCGUGAAGCUCGGAAAACAGACAAACACCUACCCAAAAGAGAAGAAGAGAAGGCUUUCAGGUCGUCAGGAAACAAGGAAUCAAAGAACCUUUCAAGCACUUACACCCGAUUCAACACGAAAAGAGAGAACAUAAUCAAAGAAAUCCUCCAUGCAAAGCUGAUCAAACCGCCAAUCCGAGCAAGAAGCUACCAAGACCAGAGAUUUGUGGACAAAAAUAAAUACUGUGCUUUCCACCUGAAAUUCGGGCACACCACAGACGAGUGUGUCAUAGCAAAGGACUUAUUAGAGAGGUUAGCUCGACAAGGUCUCCUAAACAAGUACAUUGAGGAACAAAAGAACAAGGAAAACAACUCAGAACGAAAGGAGCGUCUACAAACAUCCGCAGAACAAGACAAAAGGAAAUGUAUAGUGCCUGACCCACCAAGAAGCAUAAUAAACUACAUAUCAGGAGGAUAUGCGGGGGGCAGUGAAACAAUCUCGGCCAGGAAGUGCAGUUACCUGGAAAUGCUAGCAAUUGAAGGAACGACAUACUCCAAAAAAAGAAACACACAAAACAUGCUGAUAACCUUCUCCCAAUCUGACCUCAAUUUAACAAGCCCAAACCUUGAUGACCCAGUGGUAAUCUCCAUUCAGACUAGAGAAAUGUUGGUAAGAAAAGUUUUAUUAGACCCAGGCAGCAAUACCGAUGUCCUGUUUUACUCUACUUUUAAAAAGAUGAAACUAUGUGAAAAAGCCAUGCAACCCUCUUCGGGAGAGCUGGUUGAGUUCUUUGGAGAGAGGGUCCCCAUCCUAGGGCAUAAAUGGCUAAAGACGACAAUGGAAGAAAGCCCAUUGUCGAGAACAAUUGAUAUUCAAUACCUUAUAGUAGACUGCUAUAGUCCAUAUAAUAUGAUUAUGGGAAUGCCUACUUUGAAUGCUUUUAGGAUAGUGGUAUCUACUUUACAUUUGUACGUUAAAUUCCCUAUGCAGGAAAACAGAAUCGCAACAGUACAUGCUGAUCACCAAGAAGCUCGACAGUGCUACAAUGCCAGCCUAAAGCAAAACUCAGAAAAACAAACACCUCGGCCACGGGUGCAAGCCAUUCACCGUCCCAACGAGGUCCUAACGCUGUCCGAACUUGAUCCCAGGGAAGACCUUAAUGAAAGACCUCAACCCAUGGACACCCUCCAACGAGUCAUAUUGACCAAUAAGGAGGAACAAUUCACAUACAUCGGAGAAGCUCUUAAAGGAGAAGAACAAUCAAAAUGA